ACGUUUUGAAAAUAGAUUAUGGAUUGCCCGUAAAUUUGCCGGUAAGAAGAUACUAACGAUCAUGGCGGAUCAUGAACCUAGCUGUAAUCCUAUGCAGCCUUUAUUAGUGCAGGAGACUGACACAACUGCUACAUCACCUAAUACACAGCAGCCAUCUGUUCCCCAGCAGGAAGAUUAUAAAAAUUUUGAUAUAGUCCGGGCAGUUCAGUAUGGCAUCUUUCCACGUGUACGAGAGUUGGUGGAGGCUGGGUUUGAUGUCAAUCAGAUGGACCAUGAGAAUGUUAGUCUGCUACACUGGGCUGCCAUUAACAACCGGUUGGACAUCGUCAGAUACCUCAUUUCUAAAGGUGCCAUUAUUGAUCGCAUUGGGGGUGACCUGAACUCUACAGCUAUGCAUUGGGCAACAAGACAAGGUCAUCUAGCAAUGGUGGUUCUACUCAUGGGACAUGGUGCAGAUCCUUCCAGUUUUGAUGGUGAAGGUUACAGCUGUAUCCAUUUAGCAGCACAGUUUGGUCACACAGCCAUUGUGGCAUAUCUCAUUGCCAAAGGAGAAGAUGUGGAUGUUUUGGACAAGACUGGAAUGACUCCACUUAUGUGGGCAUCAUACAGAGUCUUUGGAUAUGACCCUGUACGGCUGCUGCUUACCUUUGGAGCAUCCCUAAAUAAGGUAGACAAGUUCCAUGGCAACACAGCACUCCACUGGGCUUGCCAGACAGGUAACCACAUCGUUAUCCACAUGCUUCUAGAAUCUGGUGCUGAUCUGAACAUCAUCAAUGCCAAGGGUCAGAGUCCACUGGAUGUAGCUAUGGCUGCUCAGAACAUGGAGCUUGUCAGACGGUUGCGUAUUACCCGCUAUGAACAGGGGCUUGACAUCAGACAUCCUUUACAGUCCUUUACCACCAAUAAGAAAGUGCGGAAGUAUAUUGGCUACAUAUUUCCAUUCCUGGCACUGUUUGUCAUUGGCUGGAUUCCAGAGAUGGAAGCAUCUCUGUUGGUCAAGCUUUUGCUGGCUGUGCCAGCCAUCCUUAUUUGGAGAGUGUGUGCCAAUCUGUUCUUUGAUGAGACCAUGACACAUAUAAUGCCAGUAGCAAUCUACCUUGCUACCAAGUUCUGGAUGUACUUCACUUGGUUUUUCUAUCUAGUACCUUAUGUUGAUAGCUUCCGUGCCAAUGUUUUAUUUUCUGUCAACACUGUUCUUUUAACAUACAACUUCUACAAGGCAUGGCGCACAGAUCCUGGAUUCCUGAAGAGCAAUAGAGAAGAUAAAAUGAAGACAAUCUUGGAACUUGCAGAGUCACAAACACUCACACUUAGUCAGUUCUGCAGCACAUGUCUCAUCAGACGACCUCUGCGCUCCAAACAUUGCUCAGUCUGCAAUAGAUGUGUUGCUAAAUUUGACCAUCACUGUCCUUGGAUAGACAACUGUGUUGGUGUCUACAACCACAAAUACUUUCUGGGCUAUUUGUUCUUCUUGUCUGGAAUGAUUCUUUGGUGCCUGUAUGGCUGCAUCUUGUUCUGGAAACACAGCUGCAAUCUUGACUUUUAUGAGGAUGGGAUCACAGGUAUAAUCUACAAAAUCUUCAAGGCCUCUCCAUGGGUGGGCUGGAUAGGACUAAAUGCUGUGGGACACUUGAUUUGGGUCACAGUCCUGUUUGUAUGCCAACUCUACCAGGUAGCAUGGCUUGGCAUGACAACCAACGAACGUCUUAACAAAGCUCGAUACUUUUACCAGCAGCAGCUUAUGGGGGGAAUGCCAGGACAGGAGGAUCAUGCACAUGGUCACUCACAUGGGGGAGAGGAAAAGUGCAGCCACAAGCAUAAAAUGCCAAAAAUUUCUAGCCCUUUUCACCGAGGUGUGGUACGAAACUUGGUGGAUGUCCUAGACAUACGUUGCUGUGGACUUUUUCGACCGAGCAGUGUUGAUUGGACAACUCAUUACUCUUUGGAUGCAGAAUCAAAGGCCACCUUGCGUACUGCUUUAGGCAUGGACCAAAAGAGCUACGAGUUUGUCUGAUGAGAGUGUAAACCCCGUUAUCUAUUUUGUUGAUGUUUUUGAAAAGGAUGAACUUUCACUUUUAAGAACCCAAUCAUUUAAUCAUCAGUGACUGCUUCUUUAUCUGUAUGUAAAUAUGUUAUCCAUCACUUGAAUGAACUGCUGUCAGAAAAGUGAGUCAACUUGUGCUUUAUUUAAUGUAUUGAAAGUGGAAAUUCUUGAUUGCUUAUAAAUUGUUGUAAAAGUGGUUUCUGAUUGGAUUUUUUUAUUUUUUUUUUUUUGGUCAUACUCAAAAUAACCUGCCUUUGAUGAACAACUGAAAAACUGUUCAUAUGCAGAUCUCAGCAAACUUAGUUGUGAAAGAAGCAUUAGCAUUCUUGUAUUUAACUACUUUUGCUUCAGAAAGGUCUCUUCUAUGCCUUAAUUUUAUUGAUUUUACUGCCUUACCCAGGAGAGAAACAUACAGUUAUGAAGGAUUUGUCUGCUUUUUAUUAUUAAAAAGCUGAUAACUUAAAUGUUCUGAGAUUAUGACUGGAUAAAGAGUGAAUAAAUAUUCUUCCCCCUCUCCCUACUAUCUCCUCUAGCAUACCUAGCCAUAUUUUAGAGAAGACUUGGAAGUUGGAAAGUGGCUUAGUGUACUUCAAUCAAGGUUGAACAAUUCUUUUAAAUGCUCUAGAUUUUAGACCUAUGAAAGGAAUAAUUGCAAAAUAUGUGUGAAAGUGUGAGAUAUGUAACUGCAUGGUGCAAAUAAAGAAUGUGUUAAGUGAAUAAAGUCAGCAUCAAUGAACUCAUUAGCACAGCAAGUUUCUCGUUCCUGGCUUAUUCAUGAAACAAAAAUAUUCAGCAAUGUUGGUUGAACAAAAUAUUAAUUUAUCUUUGUAUUUAAAAAAAAAAAUGAACUUAAAGGAAAAAAACCCAAAGGUCAUCACAUUGCAAUAUUCAGUUUCAUUUCUUAUGGUGUUACCCUCGGUGUUCAGCAUGUAACACACAGUUCUGUAUUAGUAUAUUUGUCUUUUUUUUUUUUUUGUCCUAUUUACCCCCAGUAUAUUUAUCCAGUUAGGUCUAAAAACAAAUUAUGCUUGCUUCAGUCAUGAUCCCAAUCAUAGUUUACCUACAUAUUAAAACGUUAACAGAAGGGGCCUUUCCAAUAAAUUAAUGACUGACAAAAUCAUUUGGGUGUGCCUAUCCUGAUCCCAGAUCAGCAGGGUAACAGGAUGAACAAGCUUUAUGAAUACAAACUGCAGGUGUGACAUCUGAUUCAUAUAUUCACUUCUUUAUGGAUAAAUAUGUGCAGACCCUUGAGUAGUGACAGUGAUCCACACCAGCAUAUUCAAUAGGUCUUACUGGAAAAUUAGUGGAAACAAGAACAAAUUUCAGUCAGUUAACUUGGUGAAGCUAUUUUUGAUUGGAGUUAUAGUCCUUGACACAAACAUGAAGCUCUUGAUUUAAAGAUUUGAGAUUUUCUAAACUUGCCUUUUAAAAGAGUGACACCAACACCUGUGCACUUGUCAGGACAGCUAACAUUUUUUUACAUUUCUAUUUGGAGCCUUUUUUGUACACUAAAGGUAUUUUUCUUUAUCAUGAAUUAUGGUAAUUCAUGUUUACAUUGUGUUAUACCGCCUACAGGACCAAACAUUGCAGUCAGUAUACACUAUGUAUAACCAUGUCCAAAAUGUGGGGGCUUUUUUUGGGAGGGGGGAAUGUCCUUGCAUGUACCUAAUUUCCUUUGGAUUUACAGCAAUGGCUGUUUGAUAAUGGAUUGAGGUGGAAACAGUUUUUAAUUUGUUUACUUCAAAUGUUAUUUUGUCCUAGUUUCAUGUAUUUUAUGUUGUUUUGAAAUUUUACAAAUUUGAUAAGAUUAUUACUAUAUCAGAAACUGCACUUGGAGAAGAAAGCACCCAUUUGGUGAAACUCUGAUCACUUGCACAAAUCAAAAAGUAUUCCAUUGCUAAUGUCUUUGGUAGUGAUCUGAAAGGUGAACUGAUUGUGUGUGGACAGUAGUAGGGAUGCACUGCACUUUUUGUCUUAAUACAAUGAAUAUUUAAUUUACAUCAUCAAAAUAUAAACUGUUCCAUUUAUUGCUGUCACCAGAGUGAAAGUAGGCAAUUUUCCUUACUUUUAUUGCAAAGUUCAAGUUUACUCUUUUUCAAAAAUUUAUAGAUUUCUUGGUCUAAUGUUUACCUGACAGCAGUUAAGUAUAAAACGAACAAAACCUACUGAGGUCUUAAGCUAUACACCAUUGUUUACUACUACAUAAUUAUAUUUCUAUGUUGUUCUAAGAGGGUUAAACAUACGCAUAAAUAAUGCAGAGGUUUCUUUCUUUGGAUUAUCGAUCAAUGUUAUUUUGUUCUUGUCUGUGGUUUCAAUUUUUUUAAAUUUCAUUUAUUCUUUACUUAGUCAUUGUCGUAUCAUCUUGCUGCAAAGAAAGAUCUGUUUCUGAAAGCAGACAUCCUCAUUUGUUGAAUGUUGCCAAAGGCCGUCUUUGUUGAUAAUAUAGAUGACAGAAGCAGUAAAAUUAAAACAAUCCUGCAGCCCCUCUUUAAUCUUUUUUUUAUUUUUGCAUUGGCUUAUCUCAGCUGACAAAUGUAUCAUCUCAAGAGCAUCAAACCUUUACGUUGCCAAGCAACUGCAUUCCACUGCAACAGUUUCAAAUAGAUGCAAAAUUAUUUGUUACAGAUCCUGAAAUAUUUUGACACAGUGUGCUUAAAAUACUACAUAAGUACCCUGAUUUUGUGGAGUGACUUUUCAUAUUUUUAAUAGCAUCUGAUGAAGUGAAUCUUCAUUGCCAAAUAAAAAUAUAAUUGGGUCCCAAUGUAUAAUAGUGCAUAUUAGACAAUUCAGUAGCUUCAUAGGGUAUAGAGCAGCAGUCCAAGUAGCAUACAUGUAUCAAAAAUUUUGUACAUUAUUUUAGUCCUUGAUCAUAUCCUGACUUUACUUACCUGUCAAACUGUUUAAUCUGUUAGGAGUGCCUGCACCAGGUAUCUUAAAUGGAAGGCUUCCACCUAACUUGAUUCUUUGUUCAUUUCUGACAAUGUUGACCUGUCUGGCAGAAUUUUAACACCCAUCAACAUGAUAAAACAACCUUCUCCAGGAAGGGAAUUAGAUUCUGUUCUUCAGAAAGCAGGGAGCAAAAUAAUUUAACCCAAGCAAACAUUGAAUAUCUUAGAUUGUAAGCAUAAUUCUUGUCAUCAGCUUCUCUCAUAAGGAAAUUUGCUAUUAUUUUCCUGCUAUUACUGCAUGUGCUUUACAAUUUUUUUCAUGCAGUGAUUGCUCAUCUAAGUUAAAAUUUUGUUUAUUCAAUUGUUCAGAUUUGCGGGUCAUUGUUUUACUUAGUUAACUUACAGCUGUCUUAAAGAGUAUGUAAAACUGUGCCAUAUGUUCUAGAGUGAUGACUAUUACCUCAGGAAUAUUUUUGAUUGCACAGCCAUAAUUACCUCUGGCUGACCAAACCCAGGAGAUGUGGUUAUGGGAGAAGUGCUUACUAUUGACAAGAAGUAUUUAUCUCUUUGGCAUGGCUAACUAUGCCUUUUUUUUUCUUUUUUUUUGCUUGUCGAAUUUGUUUGUUGUUCCACACUUUUGUGCACAGUUCCUUGUUAUCAGGAGAUGUAAUCUGUAAAUGUAGAUUCACACUAAGAUGUGAUCUUACUCAGGUCUUAAGACAUGAAAUGAUUUUUUCAUAGUUGUGUGAAGUUGGAACCAAUUUACUAGACUGAAAGAUUCUGAAUGCAGUGUUCUUAAUGCUCAUGGAAGAGCCUAAUGAGAAUUCAUGAGAUUAUUUAGCAGAGGACGUGCUCAUGAGGUUGUUCCCUAGAAUACACAAAAGAGUUAUAAAGAAAUCAAUUUUCUUGAUGUUAGAAUGGUUGUCUCCUCAGUGAUGAUCACCAAGGACCAAAGUUUGAUUUUUCAAACUUUUAGUUUUCAGACUAUUUUUACUUCAAUAUUACCAACAAGUGAAAUAUUGUGUGUGUGUGCACAUGCGUGCAUGCAUAAUUAUUGAAUUGUAAAACUGAAAGAUGUAGAAUGAUAUAGUUCUCCGCUCUGUGGGUGUGUGUGUGUGCAGGAGAUGGGAGGAAGUGGGGCUGGGGGCUGGGUGUGAUUUCUUAAACAGAACAGGGCAACUCUUGUGGCUAAACUGGAAGUUUCUGUUGUAGGCAGGUGAUUACAAAAUUUUGUCAUGAGUUUGUUGUGAGCUUUUGAAGAAGCUGAACUGCAGUAUUGUAUAACAGCUAGCACAUUGACUACAGUUUAUAAAAUAUAUCUUGUUUUGAUAAAGUACAUUUAACACAAAACCAGAGAACGGUCACAGAAAAGUGCUUUCUGAUCUUAUUUACCAACAUUGAUUUGUUCAGAACUUGUAUUUUACUAGAAAAUGAUAGAAUUAUAAUUACAUUAUUACAUCACCCGUUAACUAUAGUUACCAAGAACUGCUUGAAUGUUAUUUAUCUCAUUAUGUUUUGGGCGCUUUUUUAGUAAAGACUAAGUAAGAAAAUUAAUGUUUGUUGAAUUCUUUGAUACAAGAAAUAAACAAAAGAGACAACGCUCACAAAUUCAUUAUAAUGUAGUUAUUGUAAUGAAAACUUUGUGUGCAUCAAAUUGUAAGAAUGUUGUUAUCUUGUUUCUAGAACAAGCAAGUAGUAGCUGCUUUUUAUUUUUAUUUUUCUUCACUGAUUGUCAUCUACCACUAAUCUGCUUACUUAGCUGUGUCUUAAUAUUUCAAACACAAAGUCUGCACCCGCACGUUGGUGUGCUCCCUUGCUAUGUAGAUGUUCAGUUAUUGUGUUUAUUCACUGUUGAUUGCCACCAUUUAGUACAAAGAACUAGAUGUCAUUAAGUUGCUUAGUUUUCCCACAAAAAUCAAUAUAUAUAAUAUCAUUUUCUUUUCAGAUGUAAUCAGUAUUAUAGUAACAGGUACAGAUGUUCAGUAUGUCACCAUUGAUGCUGACAGUGGUGCCAGAACUGGUUGUGUGGUAAUGAUGAUGUAGGAAUCAGAAUAAUUAUUCCCUUCAACUCUUUAAAUCCCUUUUAGAUAUGUAUGUAUACAUGAAUUGUACCUGGUAUAUCUCUACCAUGGUGAUAGUAUAUGUGGAUAUGCUAAAUACUGUUAUUUUUAUUAUUGGUUAUCCAAAGCUGUUUACCCAGCCUUUGAUUGAUGACUUUGUGCGUAUUCUCAUUGUGCUUGUGUGUAUGCUAUACAUGAGCAUGUGUACGAGAGAGGAAGCCUGAGCACGAGUCUGUCAUUCAGGGACACUGUGUGUGUGUGUGAUUUAAUAUUUCACAGUUGUUCAGUAGUAGUAAAUACUUCAUCUGUAAUGUCCACCGCCCAUGUCUGAUGACACUUUUGAAGUUUUUAAAAUCAAAUUAAAGAAAAAUUGUGAUUUUUUUUAACCUGCUUCUGCCAGGUACACAGGUUGUUCUUUAAUCCGUUCAACAUGCUUUUUCAAUAUGUUUUUACAUUAGAAAUAUAUUGUUGUGUUGUUAGUUAUUUACAUCUUAAAUGUAAUAAUAAAAUGUGUUUUUAGUUUCCUA